AUCGUGCUUGAGAACUUGAGUUCGGCGCAAGACCUCACGCUUCCGAAUUCAAUCAAUAAAAUUAUUAUUUCGCAAGAAUACAACAUCUUUAACUGAAAGCCACCAAAAAUGAAACUCCUAACGUACAAUUUCCUCACAUCCAAGUGCAUCCGCGGGGUCAAAGUGGGCUACCCGUUAAAAUUGAACAUCGUGGAAAAGAAGGUCGUCUCGUCGGAUUUCAACUCGGAGUUCAUUUCCCGGAUGAUUCCCCGGUUGGACUGGGAAGCGAUCAAACUGGCGGCCAAUCAUGUGGGUGCCGAUCUGCCUGCCACCGUCCCGGAGGAUAUCGCUUCGGACACCGAAACGCUGCAGAAGCUGCAUCACGUCCUGAUGGAGGUGGACGUGGUCGAGGGAACGCUCGAAUGUCCCGAGACGGGACGAGUUUUCCCCAUCAGCGACGGAAUUCCCAACAUGCUGCUGAACGAGGAUGAGGUCUAGAAUUUCGGAAUGUACAACAACAAUAUCUUUUCAUAACACGCUGAUGCAUUUAAACUAGAAGACGAAAAAAAAAACAAGUACAGCACCUGUAACCCCAUGAAAUCCUGCUGAAGUUCUAAACCAUGCAUUCAAUGUUUAUAAUUUGUAAAUAAUAUAAUAUUACUCUA